AUGAGAAUAUUCGUCAGUUCUUUGAAUGUUCCUAUAGGUUACACCACACCCAGAUUCCCUUCUCUUUACUUACCGCUGGGACACCAUAAACCACAAUAUGAGUCCCUGUUCCUUUAUUAUACUUCAGACAUAUGGAAAUAUACAGUAUACUGGUCAUUGAUUCUUGUGGGAGCUUUUUUCCUUGUGUCUGGUACGGUAGCUGCCUUCAACCAUUUUGUUUCUAAUCAUAGGUACAGCUUCAAGACACAGAGAAGCUACUCUAUUAUAGAGUCGCUAAUGAUAGUCCUUUUCUAUUUCGUUAUUGGGCUUUCUCAGGGGUUUAUAAGUGGUGCUAUCAUUGGACUUAUUAUUCUGGCUAUAUAUAAAGCAGGCUCACUAUCAAUGAGUACCUGGAUUCCAUUCUGCUGGGGAGCAGCUCAAAUAUUGUAUCAUAUAGCUAGUUCAUAUCUGACUAGCCUGGUCAUUUUAUAG